AUGACGGUCUUCAUCGCAUCUUUGUUCCUCCCAUAUACCAUUGACUUUCAAGUGACAGAGCCCAAGCAUGGACAGAAUGGGUCCAUGUCUAGCCAUACAAAUGUCGAUGGUCCCGGACCUAUCCUUGGACGCCUAUCGGAUACGUAUCAAACUCGUUCCCCGGGAUGUCUCCCACUGACACCCGGAGCCACGACAGAGAAUGAAACAGUCUUCAAAGGAUAUACUUCGCGAUUAGCGGAUGAGAUUCCGAUUGCGAAUGAUCGAUUGUGGCAUGGCCCCAGCGAGCCCCGUCUUAUUCCUUGGGGGCACAGUCGGAGAUUUAAUCAGCCUCGAUCCAAGGCUACGGAUCCCCCAACACCAUCGAUUGAUCGAUUGGGCAUGAAAUACUACAACAGCACACGAGCCUCGCUCUUCAAUGCUGACUGGGCCGUCAAGGCCGCCGAACAAGGCCAUGGGGGUCUGCAGAAUGCCAUCCAUGCUGCUGAAAAGUCGAGCUUGCUGGAGGACAAGAUGUGGGUGGGAACUCUAGGCAUGCCCACCGACUCAUUGACGGAUACUACCAGAACCGAGAUCGCUGAGACCCUCCAGGAUAUGUAUGAUUCGUUGACUAUGUUUGUGAGUGACAGCGAGUUUGAGGGUCAUUACACCCAUUUCUGUCGUGCGGUACUGUGGCCAGCUCUCCAUUAUCAAAUGCAAGAAAGCCCUCGUCACACUGAGUACGACGAUUACUCGUGGGUCCAAUACCUCAAGCUUAACAUGGCAUUUGCAGAAACAAUCAUCAAGCACUGGAAGCCAGGUGAUAGAAUCUGGGUUCAUGACUAUCACCUUCUAGUCCUUCCUGGACUUCUGAGGGACAGGCUACCCAAGGCCGAGAUUGGAUUUUUCUUGCAUACUCCGUUUCCUUCCUCCGAAAUCUUCCGUUGUCUGACUGCACGCGAAGAACUGUUAGAUGGGCUUUUGGGUGCUGAUUUGGUUGGAUUUCAGACAGAGGAAUACUGCAAUCACUUUCUACAUACCUGCAGCCGACUGCGAAGACUGGAGGUCUCUACCAAUCAAGUUCACCUGAAACACAGGUACGUUAGUGUUGUGAGUUCUCCAAUGGGGAUUGACCCUUCGUCGCUUUAUGUAUUACGCCAGUCCACCGAGGUCAGAGGUUGGAUACACAGCAUUGGCCAUAAAUACUAUGGGAAAUAUCUCAUUGUAGCACGGGACCGAUUGGAUGCACCAGGAGGGAUUAAGCAGAAGCUUCUGGCAUAUGAGCUUUUUCUCAAAACAUAUCCAACAUGGAGAGAGCAAGUGGUUCUAGUCCAAGUAAUGUCAUCUACAUCUGAAAUCCCAGAUCUGGAGGCACAGAUCUCAAAAAUCGCAAUGAGGAUCAAUGCAACAUACUCAACCAUCACCCACCAGCCCCUAGUGCUGGUUCAGCAAGACAUCAGCCACUUCCAAUUUAUCGCCCUCCUAAGUGUUGCACAUAUCUUCAUGGCCACUAAUCUACGUGAGGGAAUGAACUUGACUAGCCAUGACUUCAUCCACUGCCAAGAUGGACAGCUUUGCUUUCAUCAACAUGGAUCCCUAAUUCUCAGCGAGUUCGUAGGUAGUGCCUCCAUCUUUCGUGGUCAUAAACUUCUCGUCAAUCCCUGGGACUACAAACAAUGUGCGGAUGCGAUCAAAUCUGCACUCGAGAUGUCACCAGCGGAGCGGAAACUCAACUGGAAUUUCCUACUCGAUUGCAAAUCUCCAUACACUGCUCUCAAAUGGCACACGGGGCUACAAGAUGCUCUCACAAAGGCCCACGAAAGACAACAAAUUCGCCAGACAAACCACCUCUCUCAGCUUUCACUUGAGGACUUGAAAAAAUCAUACCUCGCUACCACAGCACGAAUCUUCUUUUUGGAAGACAGCGCAAUCUUCGGUGCAGCAUUCGGUAUAGAGGAACCCCUCCCGUCCAAAAAAGCCUGUGAAACUCUACAAACACUCAUAAGCGACCCGAAGAACAUCUUAUACAUAACCAGCAACCGGAGCACAGAGCAGCUACAAGGAGCACUCGAAAAACUCCCCGGCGAGCUUGGUUUCAUAACCGAGAGUGGAUGCUUCCUACGAGAGCCUAAAUCAGAUCUAUGGAUUCCAUUUGUGCCCGAAAGCGCCAUGAAAUGGCGUCCCGGAAUUAAAAAUAUGAUGGAGUAUUUCCUCAAGCGAACAGAAGGCAGCCGAAUCGAGGAACGCCGCUGUUCCCUAACAUUUCACUGUGACAGCGCACUUGACCACGAAGUAGCCGCUCGCCAGGUAUCCGAGCUAGCUGAUCAAAUCAAUGGUGCCCGUGGGCGUGCAGAUUUCCAUGUCGCCCGCGAGGCAACAUCUGUAAAAGUUGAACCGCCCCAUGCUUCUGUUGGAAAUGGGAAAGCCGCCACUUAUAUUCUAGACCAUCUCCCCGAUAUCCGAUAUCCCAAGUUUCUAUUCGCAGCUGGUUGUUCUCGCAGUGGUGAGGCACUGUUUCGCUGGGCAAAUGAAUUCGCUGUUGCUCCAGUUGGUUCCCGGUUCAAGAAGGCCAAGAUUGAGAAAACGAUCCAUGUCACCACUGUGACAACCAGCACACAUGCUACUGAGGCGAGGUCUGUGUUACCGCCUAAUUGUUCGCUUUUGGAUGUUCUAGAUGAACUGUCGAGGUUCACCUCCAAUCAGGAAGAGACUAAAUGA